AGGGCCAGGCCGACGGGGAGGGGAGUUCGGCUAGGGGCGUGCCAAGAAGGAGGGCGAGCUGCUCCAGUGGGCGGGCCGGCAGCUGGGAGCGCCGAGCCAGUGGGGGUCGGUGCGUGUGAACCUUUCGCCUGCCCAGCCGAUCGGAAGCCAGGUCUUCAGUGAGAUACGCAGAAAUGGCUGAACUUUCCCAGCUAAUUGACAGUGAGGUGUUCCUGGCUUAUGCUACCUAUACAACCAUUGUCCUUUUAAAAAUGAUGCUAAUGAGUCUUGUAACAGCAUACUUCAGAAUGACAAGAAAGGCCUUUAGUAACCCAGAAGAUACAGCAACGUUUGGCAAAGGUGAGAAUGCUAAGAAGUUCCUGCGGACUGACCCAGACGUUGAACGUGUGCGCAGAGGCCACCUGAACGACCUUGAAAACAUUGUCCCAUUUAUUGGCAUUGGUCUGCUCUAUGCCCUGAGUGGCCCUGCUCUGUCCACAGCUUUGCUGCACUUCAGGAUCUUCGUUGGGGCUAGAAUCUUUCACACUAUCGCGUAUUUGACACCUCUCCCCCAGCCUUCCAGAGGCUUGUCUUGGGCAGCUGGGUAUGCAGUUACUAUCUCAAUGGCAUACAGGCUGCUGACAACUGGAUUGUACCUGUAACUAGAACACAGCCUCAUCACCCCCUCGACAUUCCACAUGAAGUUUCUAACAGUGCAUUAGAUUAAACAUGGCUAUCUUAAACGAACUGUCUAAUUUUUGUAACAAUUUUUACAUGGUGGCUAGGGCUGCAUUUUUAACAAAGAGGCUCUUCAUUCCUGUUUGAAAUGUUUC